UUUUGUUUAUUAAUUAUUUGAAAUAUUUGAAGUGAUAUGGGAAGCUAUAAUAAAGAUGUAUAUUUUGAUGAUUUUGGUCAAAUUUGCAGAAUCUGUUUGCUUUCUGAUACUUCACUACAAUUAAUUCCUCAAAAACUAUGGGAUAUAUUUAAAAACAUCACAGAUAUUGAGUCCAGAAAGGAUGACGAAUUGCCUCAAAAUGUUUGCCAGAAAUGUGUCAAACAAUUGGAAGAAAUUGGAGCCUUUAUAGAGAAAUGCAAAGAUCAUCAUUCCUUACUACUAUUGGCUUUACAAAGAAAAUCGGAGGUAUUCAUCCUCGCUGAUAUUCCAGAUGAUUCCUGUGUUUCUGAAAAUGAGUUUGAUUUCUCCAUUCAAUCAAUCAAAACAGAAGACAAUAGUACAGAUAUAACAAAUGCAACAGAUCCCAUUCAGGAUAGUACAAAAUUAACAUGUGCUGAAUGUGGGAGUAAGUUCUCCCACAAAAAAUAUUUAUUGAGGCAUAUCACCUGGCACUGUAAGGCAUUGAAGUAUUCUUGUGGUUUGUGUAGUUUAAAAUGCAAAUCAGAAAAGGCUUUACAAAGACAUAGUGCUAUACAUGGUGUCUCCAAGAUAUUCACUUGCUAUAUUUGUAGUGAAGAAUUUGCUACUGGAAUUCUGAGGUAUGAGCAUCAAAGAACCAAACACAAUGUUAACUCCAAGAAUUGUGGAUCAAAAUUUUCUUGCAGCAAAUGUGAUAGAGUACUAACAUCUGUAGGAUCUCUCAAAAAUCACAUGAGGACACAUACUGGAGAAAAACCAUUCACAUGUAAGCAUUGUGAUAAGACAUUCGCUUACCCCAACAGUCUCAAUAUACAUAUAAGGUCUCAUACAGGAGAAAGGCCUUUCAUUUGUAAUAUCUGUAAAAAAGGCUACAAGAGUUCUACCAGCCUCAAAAAGCACAAGGAGAAGGCACAUUAUGAGAUUAAUUUUGACACAGACAGCUGUAAUGAAAAUGAAGAUGAAAAACCAAAAGAAAGAAAUAAGGGUGAGAAAGUGGAGUGUAAAGUUUGUCACAAGAUGCUUUACAAGCAUGGCUUUGGUACUCAUAUGAGGGCACAUUCAAUGGCAAAGAAGGAAUUCAUCUGUGGAGUCUGUAAAAAGCAGUUUCAGAAAAAUUCUCAUCUAGAGAGACAUAUGAGGAUACAUACAGGAGAGCGCCCCUACACCUGCCCCCACUGCGGCAAAUCCUUCAUGCAGGACAACGACCUGAAAAGGCACGUGUCCCGCCACACGGACGACAAGAAAUUCCAGUGCCAGCACUGCGGCAAGCGCUACUACUCCAAGUCCGCCCUGGGCGUGCACGUGGCCGCCCACGCGCUGGUGCAGAAGCCGCCCAAGCCGCCCUGCGAGGCAUGCGCGCCCCACGCGACCGCUUGCAGGCACAGAGCGGUCAAGGCGGCGAAGACGCAUCUGUGCACGGUGUGCGGCAAGGCGUUCACGUCGAGGAGUUCGUUGGUGGUGCACACGAGGUUGCAUACGGGGGAUGCGCCGUUCGCGUGUCCGUCUUGUGAUAAGAAAUACGUGACCUCGACAGCUUUGAAGAAGCAUGUGAUUAGGAACCACACCGGGGAAAGAUUGCACGUUUGUAUGAUAUGUCAAAAGAGCUAUUACGACUCGUUCAGCUUGAAACGACAUUUGGAUAGGGUGCACGCCAUACUGGAUGCCAAAAGCGAGAAGGAGGAAGAUGAAUCGGUAAAUUAAAUGAUAAAAAAUAGAAGGUAUCGAUGGAUUCCUUCAUUUUCUUCCUACAACUGCUCGAAAUGUUAUUCUCGAUAACUAGAGUUUUUAUGGACAGGAAGAUUAUAUCAUGCGCGCCUCUAACGGCAGAAUUUGAAAGGUGUCUGAGAACAAAACUUCAAGUUAUUUUUGAUGGCUUGAUGGAGUUGAUGAGACUUUGACGUGGGGGUGGUGAAUUAGUUCAACUCCAGACUGUUGAAUAUCUCGAAAAAUAUGCAUUCUGGAGAAAACCUGAGAUCAAAGUUGUUUCAUUUCAAAUUAAUAAUUCAACCUUGGGGUUUUUCCAGGGUCAACUUUAUUAUUGUUCCGAUUCCCAAUUUUCUCAUUCAACUUCCAUUCUGAAAUGUAACUAUAACUUUUUUUGAAAUUGAUGUGAGUGAAAAUUUGAUUUUUUCAGCUCUUCAAUACUAUAGGUGGUGACAAAUAUAGAUAUUUUCAGAUUUUUAUAUUAAGCUGCUUCAAAUUCUGUCAAAAGUAGAGCCGCGCGUUUGAGAAUUGUUAAGGCUUCUUGAGUAAAAAAUUGGUUUAUAUCUAGUAUUGAUAGGUUUAUUCAAAUGGCCUAGAAAUUUAGCCAAUGGAAAUGGAUUCCAGUUAAUAUCAGUGUGAUGACCAGUUGACACUCAAAAAGCCCUUUUCUCUCGCCAAUUAAGAAAAUAACUGAAAAGUAUAGCUAUAAGUAUAUUUAAAAUAUGCCAUAGUAAAUGUCAUAAACUAUAUUGAAGAUCAUUCUGAAGUUUGUUCAGAGUUUGCCUCAAUUACAUUCUUCCUAGAACCCUUCCCACUCCUGUGAUUUCGAUCCACAUGCCUCCUCCAAUUACUAGCAUCAUGAAACCCUUUGCCACACAUUGAACAUACAAAAGGCCGCUCUCCUGUAUGCUGUCUCAAAUGCACUUUAUGAGUGCUGCUGUACGCAAAAGUCUUUCCACAAUAGGAACACACGAACGGCUUCUCUCCACUAUGUAUCUUCAAGUGCUCCUUCAGGUGGUUGGCCUGAACGAACUUUUUCUCGCACACGGUACAUUCGUGUCUUUUGUCACCAUUGUGAAUGAGCAAGUGGUUGUUCAAGCCACUUUUUUUGUGGAAGAGCUUGUCACAGUGCUGGCAGCGAUAAGGUCUUUGGUUAGUGUGUGUUCGAAUGUGGACUUCAAGGUAAGUUUUCAUAGUGAAGCGUCUCUGGCAGAAAAGACAUUGGAAGUUUCGUUCCAGACUGUGCGUUUGUUUGUGGUUGUCCAAGCAGGAUUUUUGGUGGAAGGCUUUGUCACAUUGAAGGCACUGGAAGACUUUUUCGCGGGUGUGAGUGAGAAGGUGCCUUUUCAAGUCAUUGCUCUGAGUGAAGCAUUUCUUGCAGUUUGGGCACUGGUGAGGUUUGUCUCCCGUGUGGCUUUUCAUGUGGCGUUCCAGAUGUGAGUUUUUCAUGAAAUUUUUGCCGCAAUAGUAGCAGAGGUAUUUUUUGUGUUCAUGGUUGAUUUUGUGUAUUCUCAUGUGGUUGGUGAAUGAGAUCUUUUUGUUGAAAACUUUGUUGCAGAUUGUGCAUUGCAGGGAUGUUUGGUUUUUGAGGUUUCUUUUGACUUUGGGUUUUUUAUCCUCAUCAGAAAAUGGAUGUGAUUUCGAAAUGCUGUUGCUAUCCACAUCUUCGUCAACGUCCGAUUCAUCCUUUGCCGAUUGGCUUUCAUUGAAAAUUCGUUUCAAAAUCGUUUCAUUGCAUCUACAUUUCUCUACGAACGACAGUAAGCCUUCUAAGUAUGAGACGCAUUUUGUACAGAUAUUUUGGGGUAAUUCUGUGAUGGUUUCCUGAAAUUAUGCAGUUAUAUUGAUGAGAAUUUCGGAGAAGGUACUAGUUUUAACCUCAAAAGUCAGAAAAAGGUACAUUUUUAGCAAGUCUGUAGAGAAAGGUUGAAGAUUUUGUUUAUCUAGGCAAAUGCGACAAAUUCUCGUGAAAUCUCUAUAAGAAAUAUUUAGUUCAUUUUCCAUCUCCACAAAUUUAUGAGAUGGUAAGCUUGUUUUUGUUUAUUUUUUAUAUUUGUGGUAUUAUUUUAUAUUUAUAGACGGCAGAUAGGUACACU